AUGGUGAGAGUAUCAAAGUCACUGUUGGCCGGUCUUGGCCUGGCGGCUUACCCGGCGCAUGCCGCCUUGACCGUCAACCUCGACUCACCAGAGUCAAUUAAGCAAGCAGCCGCUCAAGUCGCCGAAGACCUCCUUACGUUCUACCAUGGCGACGAACCAGGAUGGGUGCCCGGUAUCCUUCCCGGUCCUCCUCCGGACGGUGAAUACUACUGGUGGCAGGGCGGUGCUAUGUGGGGUGCCUUGAUGGACUACAGACAUCACACUGGCGACAAGUCCUACGACGACAUAACCUCCACGGCGAUGCUAUUCCAGGUUGGAGACGACAGGGACUUCAUGCCGCGAAACUGGUCGGCCUCGAUGGGUAACGACGAUCAAGCAUUUUGGGCUCUUUCAGCCCUGACGGCGGCAGAAACCGGUUUCACAGAUCCCGCUGCAGAAGAGCCUCAAUGGUUAUCGUUGGCGCAGGCUGUGUUCAAUGAACAAACCCACGAGGAUAGACGUGUCCCGUCAGGUAACUGCGAGUGGGGAUUGAGAUGGCAGGUGUUCCCUUCAAACAACGGAUACGACUACAUCAACACUAUUGCAAACGCAUGUUACUUCAACAUCGGUGCCCGCUUGGCACGGUACACAAACAACAACACAUAUUCAGACUUAGCGGCUCGAACAUUUGAUAUUAUGGAAAGAUUGGGCUACGUCGACAAGGAUUGGAAUGUCUACGAUGGUGCCCACUUGCCCGACUGCACUGACAUCAACAAGGCCCAGUUCUCAUAUAAUGCUGCCAUGUUGAUGCAAGGGGCCGCGUUCAUGUACAACUACACGGACGGUGAACAGAUCUGGGCUGACCGUAUCAACGGGCUUCUCACUCGUACUCUCGCAGUCUUCUUCCCCGAUGGCGUUGCUUUCGAACCGUCCUGCGAGCCUGGUAACUGUAAUGCCGACAUGCGAUCCUUCAAGGGCUUCUUGCACCGCUGGAUGGGAUCGACGGCCCAGCUGGCCCCCUUUACCUACGACACUAUCAUGCCAGUCAUUAAGAAAUCUGUCGCUGCUGGCGUUGCGCAGUGUACUGGCGGCGACAACGGGCGCUUCUGUGGAUUCCACUGGACCACGGGAGUGUUUGAUGGCAGGACUGGCGCUGGACAGCAGAUGAACGUGCUGGGUGGACUGACGGCGUUAUUAGCCGCCAACCCUCCACUAACAAACACGACCGGAGGUACGAGUCUGGGUGACCCGAACGCGGGAAGCGACCGGACGACAAUUACCCAGCUUGCGGAGAUCACAGGCGGAGAUAAGGCGGGUGCUGGCAUCUUGACCGCCAUUAUGAUUGCCGGCGCUGUUGGUGCUUUCAGCUGGAUGUCCAUCGAUUAG